AUGGAAGAGCCUGGAAAGUAUGCCCACAUGCCCAACAUCGGUGUAUACGGCACAAGCUGUGCUGCGUGGGAUCAAGUGCCUGGAACCCCCUUGUCAAGCAGGUGUGCACCGGGUUCGGAUUGGUCGAGUGCAGACUUCAAUUGGUGCCAACUACCAUGGUGCUUCGUGAACAGCUCCUGUGCUUCGAGGAUUCCAACUCGGGUGUUUAAUGGAUCGAUGCUCUACUACAGCUAUGAUUCCUGCGGCAAUGCGCCAGAUUGCUAUCAUGAUUUCGGGCAAGAUCUGCGGUGUCCGUACGACCCAUACGGCAGCAAGAGUUACAAGGUUCACAAGGGAGAUGGCUGCGAGUGUUUAUUCCAUGGGAUUGAACUUCCACCUGAAACGUUUCUCUUAGAUGCAGAUGCCGACUCGGACACUUCAGAAGUUUUCGGGAACAUGUCGUAUGCAGGGAUCUACGGUACAACCUGUGCGGCAUGGGACCAAAUGCCUGGAAGUCCUUGGGCCGAGCACUGUCCACGUGAUGCCGAUUGGUGCCACAGCGAGCACAACUGGUGCCAGCUGCCGUGGUGCUAUGUUUCUGAAGCGUGUGAAACGAAAAUAAGCAGCACCUUCUUCGACAACACAUCGGCCGUGGCAUUCUACAGCUAUAACACCUGUUUGGACACACCCAACUGCCGGUCAGUGCCACUUGAUGCUUCGUGUCCAUUCGACAGCAGAGACAUCCGCUGGCCAACUGCGGUGAGCUGUCCAGACAGUUGGUCCGAUGUAUGUGAAUGUCAAUACCAAGGCUCCCUGCUGCCGGGGCCUUUGUUCACUCAGUUUCCAGCGGAAGAGCCACGCAGAUUU